AUGGCGUUCCCAGGAUCCGCUGCAGUGGCCAACACCAGAGCAGCCCUCCUUCCUGCUGCUGCCACAUGGCAGCACGUCAGCGUGACGUCAGCGUCCAGCAGCACUCGAAUCGCCCCUGCAUCUUUCACAACCGCUCUCAGUUUUCGAAGAGACAGGAGGGGGAGUUGUUCGAGGGGAGGACUAGAGAAUCACAUAAGGCCACUGAGCCUGAGACGAAGAAGGGGAGUUUGUGUGCGAGCGGAUGGGGGGACCACGACAACGGGGACGAAUGGCGUGACGACAAGUGGCAGCAGCGGAUGGGUGGAGCGGCGGGAGGAGGAGAUCGCUGCGGUGAGUGGAAAGAGGUGUCAUUUCAGGUGGUUCUUCAGGAUCCCCCCUGUCCCACGCUUCUCGAGACGUCUGGAGGAAAUGAAAGCCCCCCUGAACCACGGUCCAGGAGGAAAUGAAAGCCUUUCCUUGCCCGUGUCUUACCCCCCGCCCUCUCCUUUCCCAUCUACACCCCUCACUCCCCCACUCGUGGAUGAGUUAAAGGCCUUGUUGCUCGCAACCAUGCGUCCCUCCCUGAGGGCGACUCGUGGACGAGGUGAAGGCCAUCUUGGCUCGCGACCAUGCGUCCCUCCCCGUGGGCGACUCGUAGAUGAGGUGAAGAGCAUCUUGGCUCGCGACCAUGCAUCCCUCCCGGUGGGCGAGUAUGGGAGGGACGAUGACGCCAUGCUGAGGUGGUUCCUCAAGGAUCGCAAGUACAAGGUGGAACCGACGGUGGAGAAGCUUGCGAAAGCAAUUAAAUGGCGCCACGAGUUUGGAGUGGCAGGGCUGACAGCUGCUGACGUGGCAGAGGAGGGGGCCACGGGCAAGGCUUUCCUCCACGAGUACGCUGACGUGGACGGGCGGCCCGUGAUCGUUGUCGUGGCAGCGAAACACUUCCCCGACUCAUCCCGCCUGGUCUACAGCCAGCAGCUGUGCGCGUACCUCAUUGAAAGAGCCAUCGAGCGACUGCCGGAGGGGGAGGAGCAGUUUCGGGGAAUAUUCGACCUGCGGGGGUUCACUGCUAAGAACACCGACCUGGCAUUCGUCAAGUUCAUGAUUGACGUUUUCUUCAACUACUAUCCCAAGAGAUUGCACCAGGUGCUCUUUGUGGACGCGCCCUUCAUCUUCCAGCCGGGGUGGAAGGUCAUGAAGCCUCUGCUCAAGUCGUAUGCCAACCUGGUGAGUGCCGUUGUGCUUUGGUGA